ACUGGGGGGAGGAAGAGGAAGCAGAAGCAGACGCCGAGGGUGCUCUGUGGCUUAAGCUUGCCUAUCUUAGGCGCGCAAGCGCUGCUUUUCUUUGCAAUCGCGGCUCUUAAAAGUUCAUACGUUUCGGCAGGAGCCUUGGUUGUACCGACCUCCUGGAGAAAGGGGGCUCUUUGGUCUCUUCCCACCCCCUUCCAGACCAAGAUUUGCACUGUUUUUAGUUUGCUUCUGGGGUUCGGGUUGCAGAGGACCAAAGCUAUGCCCCGGAAGAGUAUCUUGGAGGUGAAGGUGCUGGACGUGCAGAAAAGGCGAAUUCCCAACAAGCAUUAUGUAUACAUUAUCAAGGUCACUUGGUCCAGUGGCUCCACAGAGGCCAUUUAUCGACGAUACAGCAAGUUCUUUGACCUGCAGAUGCAAAUGCUGGACAAAUUCCCAACAGAAGGAGGACAGAAGGACCCUAAACAAAGGAUCAUCCCCUUUCUUCCAGGCAAGAUCCUCUUCCGCCGGAGUCACAUCCGUGAUGUUGCUAUCAAGCGUCUUAUACCCAUUGAUGAGUAUUGUAAGGCUCUGAUCCAGCUACCACCAUACAUCUCUCAGUGUGAUGAAGUCCUUCAGUUCUUUGAGACAAGACCAGAAGACUUGAAUCCCCCCAAAGAGGAGCCAAUUGGAAAGAAGAAAUCUGGCGGAGAUUUGACCUCUGCUGAUCCCAUGGUCCUGGAACAGUAUGUGGUGGUAGCAGAUUACCAGAAGCAAGAGAGUUCGGAGAUUAGCUUGUGUGCGGGCCAAGUGGUGGACAUAAUUGAGAAGAAUGAAUCUGGCUGGUGGUUUGUGAGCACAUUGGAUGAGCAAGGGUGGGUCCCAGCCACCUGUCUGGAGGCCCAGGAUGGAAUCCAGGAUGAAUUUGCAAUGCAACCUGAAGAAGAAGAGAAGUAUAUGGUAAUUUACCCUUAUGCUGCUCGGGACCAAGAUGAAAUAAGCCUAGACAAAGGGGCUGUAGUGGAGGUGAUCCAAAAAAACCUGGAAGGAUGGUGGAAAAUCAGGUAUCAGGGUCAGGAGGGCUGGGCCCCAGCAUCAUACCUGAAAAAGGGGAGCGGGGACACGUUUGCACCAAAAGUGGGAGCUUCCACUUCUGCCCACUCGUAUGCACUGGAUCUAGAUGGAAUUUCUCGGCAGCAGAACUCAACAGGCAGAGACAAGGAUGGGCCGAACAGCCAAAGAGACGGAAGAUUUGAUGGUCGCCCAUUGCCAAACGCGGACUUGAGGCGAAAGUCACCAAAGAUGAGGCAGAGGCCCCCUCCUCGUCGUGACCUCACUAUUCCACGUGGCCUCAACUUGCCCAAACCUCCUGUGCCUCCUCAAGUGGAAGAGGAAUACUACACCAUUGCUGACUUCCAGACCACCAUCCCUGAUGGCAUCAGCUUUGAAGCAGGAAUGAAAUUGGAGGUGAUUGAGAAGAACGUGAGUGGCUGGUGGUAUAUUCAGAUCAUGGAGAAGGAAGGCUGGGCACCGGCUACCUUUAUUGACAAAUACAAGAAAACGAGCAAUGCAUCUAGACCUAACUUCUUAGCACCGCUGCCAAAUGAAACCACACCGCUCCAGCCGGGCGAUAGUGCAGCAGAGAGCAGCUCUAAUGGGGAAGCCACUGGGCCAUCCAGGCCCCUGCCUGAAGCACCACCUAAUGGUAUAGAUUGUGGGGUGAAAUGGAAAGGGAAGGAGGCUUCCAAGGGCGCUGUGCCCGAGAGCAGCGAUGCAGCUUUGUGUGUGGGGUAUGAAGAGAUCCCUGACCGGGAUGCAGAGGAGAAACCAAGCCUCCCUCCAAGGAAAGAAUCCAUAAUUAAAUCCGAAGAGGAGUUAAUGGAAAGGCAGCGGUUGGAGCAGAGGCCGCCUCCAAAGCCUCCUGGCCUGAUUUUGCCUGCUAUGCCACCAAAGCAGGCUGUCCCUCCAAGGGACAGCAAGAAACCAGAGCUCAAAACAGAGAAGGGGAAAUUGUUCCAGCUGAAAAAUGAAAUGGGAUUAGAGUGUGGACACAAAGUUUCUCCCAAAGAGGUAAAGAAGCCAAACCUCCGGCCCACUGUGAAGCCAGCUAAGCCAAAGGUUGAGGCCCCGGAGGAGAAGCCUGAGCAAGCUGCCCCAAACCCUUUCCUGAAAUCGAAACCUCAGCUCAGACCCAAGCCGCCGACAGCAGCCCCCAGGACUGAUGCUCCCCAGGCAGAUGAUAAGCUGGACAUUUGCAAUCUGAGGAGCAAGCUCAGGCCUGCAAAGGCGCAGGAGAGGCCUUCUGAGCAGGACCCCGUGUCCAGUGAGAGUGCCUUCAGCAACAGCGUGCUUCCAGGAGAAUCCUCUGUCAGAUCUCAGGAAAGGCCAAAUGUAGAGAUGAGGGCUUCGUCCAGACCAGACAGCCAAGUCUUUAAGGAAACGGCUUCCCCCAAGGUUUCUUUUGGCUCCUCGAAGGCAGGCGAGAGUGAGCCCAAGAGCAGCUUUCCUGUUCCCAGGGAACCACCACAACGGCCGGUAGUACCACCCAGAAGGCCACCACCUCCUAAGAAAGCUUCUGUGCCACCACCCGUAUCUUCAUUUGCCCCCUCUCCUGAGCUUAAAGCCCCCCAGAGGGAAGUGCCUGACGUCAGAGCUACCCAGGGGCCUGGCAGGCCCAUGAUGGUCCCACCAAAAGCCAAAGGCUUCCUGUCAGCUCCCUGUCAAGAGGAUACCAAAGCCAAAAGUGGCUUAAGCCAAAAGGCAGCACCAAAAGCCCUGGAGAGGGAGAAAGCGUCCGUCCCUAUUACCAAUUCAGAUGUCUCCAAAGACGCCCUCUAUGUGGCUGUAGCAGAUUUUGAAGGAGAUGAAGAAACAAGCAGCUUUAAAGAAGGGACCUUGUUUGAAGUCCGUGAGAAGAACAGCAGUGGCUGGUGGUUUUGCAAGAUUCUUGCAGGAGGGCCAUGUUGGGAAGGCUGGAUUCCUUCCAAUUAUCUCAGAAAAAAGCCAUAGUCCCUCCAUUGUCUUCAUAUUAUGCAGUGGUUCAGCCUUCUCCAUUUUAGUAUCAAAAUAUUUAAUUAGCUUAUUUAUAGUUUUUCAUAAGGCUGCCUUUAUUACUAAAGAGGGAAAAUUAUCUGGGAUACUAUACAUUCCAAAUUGUGUCCUUUCCAAGAAACAAUAAUAAGGGAAACAAGCCUUCGUGUAGUGCAGCUCAGCUACUCGUCUUUCUCGGCUAAGUCAUUCCCUGAACACUUUUUGAUAGGUGACACUUUGUCCUUUCUCCACUCUGUAUGGUUUAGGGCAGCCUGUGCCUCACAGGACCAGAUGAUAAAAAUGUGAGUUCUCUUAAAUUCUUUUGACUUCUCAUAAAUUCUUCUGUCAUGUCUGGAGCAUACAGUGUCAAACAUAACAGAAGUUGGAAAAUGUUUUUUAAAAAUGGUUCCCGUGAGCCUGUUUUCAGUGAGUCUGGGAGAGAAUCUGUUUUUGGCUUGUUAUUUAGUUGGGCCCACUUAGCCAAAGACGGGAAGUGAGAUGGGGAAUGGCCGCUGUAUUGGCUGAGUGUCCCAGUGAGAUGUCAUGUGCCAUAUGGUGCUGCAGGAGCUAAGAGACUCCAGGGCAAGUAAUUAUUAUAUUCCUAGGUGGAAAGACUUAGCCAAGUGGAGAGCAUAUCUGUGUAGUUUUGUGACUGUGUUGUCUGUGCCCUUGUUUCAGCAAUGCCUUUGCCAGCGCAGUUGUCCCUUGGGUGACAGUGGCCGUUCCAAAGCGCCUCUUUUGCAGCCAUGAGUGCUGCCAACGGGCUUCACUGGGCUUCUGCUGUGCAGACCUCUGUGUAGAUGUGUGUGUUUUUCCCAGCACGGUAGUCUCAAUUUAAUUAAUGGAGUAAGCACUGCUUUGGGUUAUCCAUGCCAUUCAGUCUCAAGGAUCCAGGCAUUUGGCAAGAGGACUGCUGGCAGGGCGCGUGGUGUGGCCUCUGCAGGAUCGGAUUGCCGUGCUCCAGUCACAAUUGCGCCUGCAGGUUGGUGGGUCAACCCUGAUUCCCCUGGUCUAGUGGAGGUCACCUGCUGGGUCAGUCACCCCCCAGUGGGCAUUGAUAGUUUUGAAUGCAGGGCCUCUCUGGAAGUAGCAACAAAAGGAGAAAGCUUUUGAUGCAUUUCUCCCCAGUUUAUCUUUUCCUUAUCCUUUUGCCUGUGUGGACUUCUUCAGAACCCAUGUUUUCCACCUUUGCACUGGUUGCAGAAGAAACACACGGGAUGUGUCUAAGGUGCCCAUUUUAGCAUCUGCCUGAAACAUGCAGUCAGACCGAAGCAGCAGUUCUUCAGUGUGGGCAGCCAUUCGCUUGGUCAAAAGACACGGGUGUGUUCUGGCCUCAGUUUUCUGCGAUGCCAUGAAAUUGGUUCUUCUCCCUGAAGAGGGCCGCCUUCCAGAGCAGCUUCUGCCAAGAGCCCCUUAACGUGAUGGGUGGAGACUUCGAAACAACAGCCAGCCCGUGUGCGCCUGUGUCCAUGGGGCACUUGUGUCUGUGUGUAUGAGGAUGGCCACUUCCUUUCCUGAUCAUUCCUCAUGUACAUGCAAGGGAUGCAAGCAGGAGAAAUACAUACACACCUUUCCCUUCUUUGUUGCAUUUUUAAUGCAUGCUCGCCUCUAGGGAGUGAAGCCACCAGGAGAACCUUGCCCCCUGUCCUCAGUCCUGAAUGGAGCAGACUUUGACCUAAGACUCUCAGAAAUGCAAACCUGCAUGAAUUUACUGACAUGCUGAGGUAGAACGGAGACCCGUAUAAAGUAGAUUGCAUUGGCCGAAGGAGGCCCUGGAAAACACUUCAAGUGACAAAAGGGCCUCCCUAGAGCUGUGCAUUUGUGCAUUAACGGCAUUAAUUUGCCUAGCUUGGGCUUCCAUGGACUGAAUCUCUAACCUGAUUAGGUCUAAUUUCCAUACUACCUGAAACCCUAUACUUGGAUUCCUUAAUUUUUUAGAAAGAGCAUUCAGUAGUCCAGCUCCUGAUUUUGCCUCUGGACAUCAGUACUUGGCUUUUGUGCCGCUACAAUUUUAACUGCUGGUCUCUUAGUGCUGGCUUUUACUUCUGUCCAUAGGAAAAAUAGUUCCCCUUGGUCUUUGUGUGGUCAGUAGAUAAAAAUACAUUUUGUGGGGCUUUUGGCCACAUGGAAGUGAAAGUGAUUUUUCUUUCUCAUAAGCUCCUUUUCAAUUGUUGAGCAAACUGAUGUCCAGUUAUGUCAUCUCAUUACCUACACCUAUCUAGUCAUGUGGUAACAACACUAAAUUAGAUGACUUUACUCCAGAAUAAUUGGUAUACAGGGCAAUGACUCCUCCCUCUCUCCCCCCACUGAUUCCUUCCCAUUUUUCUAGAUGCAAAGGCUAUCCCACAGUAGGAAGGAUGCAGAACUCCUCUUGGAGUCUUUUUCUCUGCCUUCUGCCUUUCUGGUCCCUGUAGUAUCUUAAGCUGAGAGUCUGGAAUGAUCAGGACUGCCAGAGCAGUCUGCCUCAGUGCAAGCAACAGCAUCCGCCUGUACCUCUGAGUUUAUUAUUGCGUGAAACACAAGCAGUGCCCCUCUGACUGAGACACCAGCAGGUGGAAGGGCGCUUCAAAGACCUUCUCCUCAUCUGCCAUCUUUAGAAGCCUGUUUUAAUGUCUAAUAUUAUGUAAACUCGUAUCAGUCUGUACGUUGCCAUGGGUGGGUGGGCUGGAGGGAUUUCUGAGGAUGAUAGAUGUAGCCUGUAUAAAACAAACAUGUAUACUUCCAGCAUUAAAGGACGGUGGUGGUAUUUUUUAAGGUAAAGAAAUAAAAAAGUGGCUUGACUGGUUUCAAGCACAAUUGUUACAAUA